AUUAAAAUUAAUUCCUUCGUCUAACUCGUACGAACGCAUAUUCCGGCAAAUCGACACUUCGCAGGUUUCUGUCCCACACUACCUUCGGAUCUUACAUCACACCAUUCACCCCUUCCUUUGCUUUCAAAUUUCCCUUCAAAAUUGUUACCUUCUUCCUGUUCAAUUUCCCAAUUUGAUGCCAUGAAGAAGAAGCUUGAUACUCGUUUCCCUGCUUGCAAAAAUGCAGAUAAUUGUUCAUUUGUCGCUUUUGCUGCAAAGAAGAUGCUUUAUCAAGUAUGCUUGUACAGAUGUGCCAGAAUGUUAUUUUUUAUCACAAGGUUAUAGGCUCGGAUAAAGAAGAUAAUGCAAGCAGAUGAGGAUGUUGGAAAGAUAGCACUGGCAGUUCCUGUUUUAGUUUCAAAAGCUCUGGAAUUAUUUUUGCAAGAUCUUUGUGACCGAACUUAUGAAAUAACUCUACAGAGAGGAGCAAAGACCAUGAAUGCAUUGCAUUUGAAACAUUGUGUACAAAGCUACAACGUCUUUGACUUUUUGAGAGACAUUGUCAGCAGGGUUCCUGACUAUAGCCAUGGACAUGGCCAUUCUGAGGCUGGGGCUGAUGAUCGCGCCGUUCCAAAGAGAAGGAAAGCUGCUGGUGAUGAUUGUAAUGACAGCGAUGAAGAGGCUAAGCGGAGUAAAAUGCUUGAGUUGGGCCACACUGGCAGUACUGGUAGGGGAAGAGGAAGGGGUAGAGGAAGAGGCCGCGGUCGAGGGGCUCGAACUGCAGAAAGAGAAACCUUACAUCAGCAGGUUGAAUCUGAACCUUGCACUUCUAUUCAGCAAACUAGCAAAGACGUCCCCAAUACAAGUAUGGCAAUAGAUAAUGGUUCAGAACCAAAGGAGUUAUCGAAGGAAAAUAUUGCAGCUCAUGAAGAAAGUACCCAAUCUCUCCGAAACAUUGAUCUGAAUGCCAACUUACAUGAAAACGAGGAAAAAAAUAAUACAAGCACGGAUAUACCUACUCAGGCCCCAUUGCCUGAACCUGCUGCAACAACAGAUAUGCAACAUGAAGAAAUUCCAGGUUGGUCUCUUUCUGAUGUUGACAAGAUGGCGAUUGACACACUGCAGCUUGCAGCGAAUCUUGGUAAUAGGCUAGAUGAGGAUGAGGAAGAUUAUGAUGAGGAGGAAGAGUAGCUAACACCUUAAGGUGGAAAUCAUGUCUCCGAUGCUAAAUGAAUGAUCCCCUUUUUUUCUUUGCCUGGUAUACCAAUGACCUUGUGUAGAUACUAACAAAUGUAGUUUUUUUUCUUCUUCUUAUCAGUAAUGUUAGUUUCAUGCACUUUUUAGGGUUACAAUGGAUGUUGCAGGUUACAUCAACUUUGCUAGUACAUGAUUUACUUCUUGGUAAAGUUGGAUUACCAGUUGGUUUAAUUGUUGUUUUGUUUAAGAUAUUGUCUGUCAAUGGUUUUCUA